AAAAAAACAAAAUCCAAAACUCCGAUUCUGAGCCACUCGCGAAGAGAUACCACUGGAGUCUACACUACCUGCUCUUUCUCCUGGAAAACCCUCUUCCAUGGCCAAAACCUGAACAAAAAAAGGUUCAAUGGCCUCUAUUUCCACGUGCUUCACCGUGUCACCCGCUUGUUGUCGCCUCCACCCCAAGCCCUCCAUUUUCCCCAAACGUAUUCCCAACCCCUUUCCUCCCAGCCAAGCACCCAUUUCUUUCCCGGGAACCGCGGGGAAAGUUCGCGACUCUAGGGUUCUGAUACGGACCGUGAGAGCGAGCGCUGACGUCGCUUCAGCGAUCAGGCCCGGAGGUUCGGUGGAGAGCGAUAGCCUGCCCUCCGAUGUCAGGAACCGAGCCAUGGAGGCCGUUGACGCGUGUGGAGGGAGGGUCACCAUUGGCGACGUCGCGAGUAGAGCCGGCCUCAAGUUGAAUGAAGCUCAGAAGGCCUUGCAAGCUCUUGCUGCUGACACCAAUGGCUUCUUGGAGGUUUCGGACGAGGGUGAUGUUCUGUAUGUUUUUCCCAAAGAUUAUCGAGUGAAGCUUGCGGCCAAGUCAUUUAGAUUCAAAAUUGAGCCUGUUAUUGAGAAGACAAAGGCUACGGCUGAGUACUUAGUGAGGGUUUCCUUUGGUACUGCACUGGUUGCUUCAAUUAUUCUUGUUUAUACCACAAUUAUUGCUGUUCUUGUUUCUGGUAGUAGAAGUGAGGAGGAUAGUCGUGGAAGACGCGGAGGUAGAGGAUAUGAUUCGGGAUUUUCCUUUUACAUCAAUCCACUAGACCUGUUUUGGUACUGGGAUCCAUAUUACUAUAAGAGGCGACAGAUAGAAAAAGAUGAUGGCAAAAUGAACUUCGUUGAAUCUAUCUUCUCAUUCGUGUUUGGAGAUGGCGAUCCGAAUCAAGGAAUUGAAGAGGAGAGAUGGAAGUUGAUUGGGCAAUACAUAGCCUCUAAUGGUGGUGUUGUCACAGCUGAAGAACUUGCUCCAUAUCUUGAUGUAGAAACUGCAGAGGAGACUACAAAUGAUGAGUCAUACAUCUUACCUGUUCUUUUGCGGUUUGAUGGUCAACCUGAAAUAGAUGAAGAGGGAAAUAUUCUGUAUCGCUUUCCAUCUCUCCAGCGUACAGCUUCUUCUCAAAGAAGUAAACGAAAGGAUUAUGUGGGAAGAAGAUGGACUGAAUGGGUUGGAGGGGUUGAGAAGUUUUUCAAGGAGAGGAAAUGGCAAUUCAGUAAAACUAGCACUUCAGAAACAGCAAUGGUGAUUGGUUUAGGCGGGCUUAACCUAUUUGGUAUCAUUGUUCUCGGAGCCAUGUUAAAGGAAAUUGCAGUUAAACCUAGUGGGUUGAUUAAAUUUGCCUCUGACAUGUUUCCUGUCCUUCAGUAUCAGCAAAAGGUUAUGCCGUCCCAACAAUCAAAUGAUAUCUAUUGGCCUCAUGCGAGAGGGUGAAUUAUAUUAUGUUUUCAGGGGAAAGGUCCAGUUAUGGCUCAAGUUUUAGGACAAGAGAAAUGUGCUUGAUCAAUUAUCUUUUUUGGUGCAGAAAUACAUAUUACAUUUUUUCGAAUCCUCAUUCACUUGAUGUCAAGUAUUUAUUCUAGUCACUUUUCAUACAAUUGCUUCUAAAGUUUGAUGCCUUGCCACUCUUGUGCUAUGUCAAAUUUUUAACUAGUAUCCUUGUGGCAUUAUCACACCUCCAUAUCUGACUCGGUUAUCUUAAAUUUCCAUUUAAUCACAUUAACCAGCAAAGCAGGCUCGAUGUGCUGGUGAAUCAGAGGGGGGGUUUUUUGUGUCUAUCAUUUGUUCCCAUUUGACACAUCCAAUAAUGGAAAAGCUGUGGUUCUCCUCAUCCACUAUUAACUGAGAGUGUAAACUUGCUCACAUGGAUGAAACUCAUAACCAAUGAAUGGAGAAAACAAUAUUUGAAAUUUUUGUUUGCUCGUGAACUGAUAUCCAAGUAUUUUCUGAAAUUGAACUUUAUUCUUUUUAACAAUUUUAGAUUGUUUUGUGUAAGCACUGUUCAUUCUCUACAAAGAUAAGAUUGAAGCCUCAAGGUCUCAGGCAACAUUAUCAAAUGUUUGUUUAACUUUGCUUGCAUCUAUUCAUUUGAGCAAUAACUAUGCAGAUUUAUGCUGGUUCUUUCUUUGCAAUUCCUUUGAUCCGGUGGUUCCUCGUUCGCAAUAGGAAUGCUAGAAUAGAAAAGAGAAACCGAGCUA